CUGUGUACACGCCCGACGAGGAGGCCAGUCUGAAAGAGCUCAUUGUGUUGGCCGUGAGUAAGGCUGGUGCGGAGUGUGCUGUGCGUGGAUGCUGUAUUUAGUGGCAGCAUCAGGAGGAUUACACAUAUUGUAGAGGAUCGCUAAGCCUGAAUCAUGCACACCAUCACCAUUACAACAAGCUGGAAGUGGUACCGAAAUUGUGCAAGAUACGGAUAGGAUACACGUUUAUUAUAGUUUGAUAUGAAUGAUUGCGCGAUCGAUGUUUAAUUAAAUUAAGGAAAAUGAAAGAAGAGAACAAGAAGCACACCAUAUUGUAUAUAUCAUGCUAGAGGGAGACGUAGAUCUUUGGAUAUUACGCGUUUUGCUGGUUUCACCUCGGGUGUUUUGCUGGAAACUGACCAGACUGGAAUAAAAAGCAGGGAGGUGGUAGUGGCACGUUUCUGACAAUAACGAACGAAUACAAUUUAUUGUGUCUCGUUUGAUUUGCUGUCGUUUGGAAGUCGAAGAGUAAAGGGUUGGAACAUCGCUGUUUUUUUUUAAAAAAAAAAAAAAAAGAAAAGGAAACUAUCAACAUCAUGGGAAACGCAGGGAGUAUGGAUUCUCAGCAAACUGAUUUCAGGGCUCACAGCAUGCCUCUGAAACUACCAAUGCCAGAGCUAGGUGAACUGGAGGAGAGAUUUGCCAUCGUUUUGAAUUCCAUGAACCUUCCUCCAGACAAAGCAAGACUAUUGCGCCAGUAUGACAAUGAAAAAAAAUGGGAACUCAUAUGUGAUCAGGAGAGAUUUCAAGUGAAGAAUCCUCCUCAUACCUACAUUCUGAAACUGAAGGGUUAUCUGGACCCAGCCGUCACCAGGAAGAAAUUCAGAAGAAGAGUGCAAGAAUCAACACAGGUCCUAAGAGAACUGGAAAUUUCAUUAAGAACAAAUCAUAUUGGGUGGGUUAGAGAAUUCUUAAAUGAAGAGAAUGAAGGCCUGGACGUACUGGUGGAAUAUCUGUCUUUUGCACAAUAUGCUGUCACGCUUGAUUUCGACAGUUUGGAGAACAAUGUGGAGAACUCUGUGGAAAAGUCCAAGCCCUGGAGCAGGUCCAUUGAGGAUUUGCACAGAGGAAGUAACUUGCCUUCUCCAGUUGGAAGCAGCAUCUCCCGGUCUAGCAGGCAUUCUACAUUACGAUAUAAUACAUUGCCAAGCCGGAGGACACUAAAGAACUCCCGGUUAGUGAGUAAGAAGGAUGAUGUUCAUGUGUGCAUCAUGUGUUUAAGAGCCGUCAUGAACUACCAGUAUGGUUUUAACAUGGUCAUGUCGCAUGCGCAUGCCGUAAAUGAAAUUGCUCUUAGUCUGAACAACAAGAACCCCAGAACAAAAGCUCUCGUGUUAGAGCUGUUAGCGGCCGUUUGUCUUGUCAGAGGAGGACAUGAAAUUAUUUUAUCAGCUUUUGAUAACUUCAAGGAGGUUUGUGCCGAGACGCAGAGGUUUGAAAAAUUGAUGGAGCAUUUCAAAAACGAAGACAACAAUAUUGAUUUUAUGGUGGCGUGCAUGCAGUUUAUUAAUAUCGUGGUCCAUUCUGUGGAAGACAUGAACUUUAGAGUCCAUCUGCAGUAUGAGUUCACCAAGUUAUGUCUGGAUGAGUAUCUGGAAAAGCUGAAACAUACAGAGAGUGACAAGCUGCAGGUUCAGAUCCAGGCAUACCUGGACAAUGUGUUUGAUGUGGGGGCUCUUCUGGAAGAUGCUGAGACCAAGAACGCUGCUUUGGAACGAGUUGAAGAGCUGGAAGAAAACAUUUCUCAUAUGUCGGAGAAACUGCAGGAUACGGAAAAUGAAGCCAUGGCCAAAAUUGUGGAACUGGAGAAGCAGCUAAUGCAGAGAAACAAAGAACUGGAUUCUAUUAGGGACGUUUAUAGAGAUGCAAGUUCUCAGGUUCACACACUAAGGAGGAUGGUGAAAGAGAAGGAUGAAGAAAUCCAAAAGCAGUCCAACCUGGAAAAGAAGAUCCACGAACUGGAGAAACAAGGGGCACUAAAAAUCCAGAAGAAAGGGGAUGGGGACAUUGCAAUCCUUACUUCAGGGCAGCAGGGGGUGCUGUCCACAGGCUCAGAAGUGGCCUAUGUAGGUCCAGUUGGUCCAAUGGGCCCAGAUACUGGUGCUAUUCCUGGAGUGUCAAUGUCUCCACCUCCCCCACCCCCACCACCAUUGCCUGGGGCAGUGCCAAACGGACCAUCUGCUUCACCUGAGCCUCAUCCGCCCCCCCCCCCUCCUCCUUCCCCCCCCCCUCCCCCCCCCCCACCCCCUCCCCCUCCCCCUCCCCCCCCGCCUCCCCCUCCUGGCCGGGCUGUGGCGUGGAGGGGGACCACCUCCCCCCCACCAGCAGCCCCACCUCUUCCUGGCUCAGGCUGUCCCACAGUCAUCUUCAACUCAGGUUUAGCAGCGGUGAAGAUCAAAAAGCCAAUCAAGACUAAAUUCCGAUUGCCAGUCUUUAACUGGGUGGCAUUGAAACCCAACCAGAUAAAUGGGACAGUCUUCAAUGAAAUAGAUGAUGAGAAAAUCCUGGAGGAUUUAAAUGUGGAUGAGUUUGAGGAAAUGUUCAAGACAAAAGCCCAGGGUCCAGCUGUUGAUGUGACUUCUACCAAGCUGGUCAUUCAAAAGGGACCUAGUAAAGUCACAUUACUAGAAGCCAACAGAGCCAAGAACCUAGCCAUCACCUUGAGAAAAGCUGGAAAGACAUCGGAAGAGAUAUGCAAAGCAAUUCAAAUGUUUGACCUAAGAACUUUACCAGUGGAUUUCGUUGAGUGUUUAAUGAGGUUCCUGCCGACAGAGAAUGAAGUGAAAGUACUGCGCCAGUAUGAGAAGGAAAGGAAACCACUGGAGAGCCUGACCAAUGAAGACAGGUUCAUGAUGCAGUUCAGCAAGAUUGAGAGAGUAAUGCAAAAAAUGACCAUUAUGGCCUUUAUUGGGAACUUUUCAGAGAGUGUUCAAAUGCUGACACCUCAACUUCAUGCAAUAAUAGCAGCAUCUGUGUCUAUAAAAUCAUCACAAAAACUGAAGAAAAUGCUUGAGAUUAUCUUGGCACUUGGAAACUACAUGAAUAGCAGUAAAAGAGGAGCUGUAUAUGGCUUUAAACUACAGAGUUUAGACUUGCUUUUAGAUACCAAAUCAACAGACAGAAAGCAGACCCUGCUGCAUUACAUUGCUAACGUGGUGAGGGAGAAGUACAUUGAUGUCUCGCUCUACUACAAUGAGCUCCACUAUGUUGAAAAGGCUGCAGCAGUGUCCCUGGAUAAUGUUCUGAUGGAUGUGAAGGAGCUGCAGAGAGGAAUGGAUCUGACAAAGCGUGAGUACAGUAUGCACGGCCACAACACCAUUCUUAAAGACUUCAUCAACACCAAUGAAGGAAAACUUAAGAAGCUGCAGGACGAUGCCAAAAUCUCACAGGACGCAUUUGACGAAGUACUUAAAUACUUUGGUGAAAAUUCCAAAACAACACCGCCUUCCGUGUUCUUCCCAGUCUUUGUCAGAUUUGUAAAAGCCUACAGGCAAGCGGAAGAAGAUAAUGAACAAAGGAAGAAACAGGAGCAGGCUCUGAUGGAGAAAUUGCUAGAACAAGAGGCUAUGAUGGAACAAGGCCCGAAGUCACCUUCACAUAAAAAUAAGAGGCAGCAGCAGGAUCUGAUUGCAGAGCUGAGGAAGAAGCAAGUUAAAGACAGCAGACACGUUUAUGAGGGGAAAGAUGGUGCCAUUGAGGAUAUUAUUACAGCCCUAAAGAAGAAUAACAUAACUAAAUUUCCAAAUGUUCACUCGAGGAUCUUAGAAACCAACCCUACAGACGAGCCGAUGCGGUGAGGAGAAGUAUCCGACGGCGUUUUGAUGAUCAGAACUUGCGCUCAGCGAACAACGUGGAAAUCACACUGUGAGCAAGGGAAAUGCAUGUGUCGAGGGUGUGUGAAUGAAUGUCAUGGCAUCUGGGUGAAGAGUGAGUAGCAGUUUGGACUCUACAAGCUUGAAGAGAAGAGUAAAAUGGGCUUAGAAACUGGGAAGCUCUUUGAGCAGAGAAGCCAAGUGCCUAAAUUUCAAUUAUCUGUUAUUUACUAAAAGCAAUAUGACUUGACCUGGCUUUAUUUUUUAUUCCAAGUAUCCAUUAUCUAUCUUGCAUUUUUAACCUGAACACACUUGUCUGUACAGAGGGUCAGUAGUCUUUCUUAUGAAAGGAAAGUUCAGAAUGUAAGGUACAAUGGUUUCCUGGUUAUUUGCAGAGGGGAUACUUUGUGAAAGUGAUCUACUAUGGAAUGCUAUACUGUAGUAGUUUUUAAAAUAAUCCGGUGCUAUCUGCACUUUCAUUGGCUUUUUUUCUUGUUCAAGGGCUAAUGAUAUGUUUGUUUUUUUAAGAAAGGGUGUCCCAGUUUAUUGUUUUAACUAACAAUACAAAACUCUUACACAGUAGCAAACUCAAGUGUAACGUUGGAAACAGAUUGUGCGGUUCUGUUCAUCAGUACAGUCAAUAUAGUUUCAAGGUGAAAGUGCUGUCAGUACUAAGAGCUGAAGGAGCGUUACAAUACUGGCCAAGACCAGGUUAAUGUGAAUUGUAUAUAGGACACCAUAUUAAGGUAUUAACAUCUCAUUAGUGUUGUCAUUAUUGCCAAGGACCAAUACUACACAACUGUCACUGUACAGUGCUAGAUAUGUUCUACUAAAGUAGAACUUAAGUGCCAAUCCAGCAACAUACAAAUAAUAAAAAAAUAUAUAUAAUUUAUGUAAAAUAUGAAUCCAGGGAACUAUUUGGGCUUAAAUGUAUUUGGUGAUUGUUGUAAUAAUGUGAGCAUCCAUAUCUGAUCCUGCUCAUUUAUAUAUCAAACAAGUUGCAGUAAUCACAAGGCACUACAGGCUACUUUAGUAGUUUUAUCUAAUAAAGACUGGAUUAAAAAAAUGUUAUUCUCUGAAAAUGUGUGCUUUGCUUACAACAAAAUCUCCUUGAUUGUGUCUUCUUCCCUAAAUUUAUUGUAAAAGUUUAUAAUAUUUAACCACUGAAUUCUUUUUCAUUUGUUUGCUCAUGUAAACCACUUGGUGUUGAUGGUAUUUGUUUUUGAUAAUGUGUAGUUAUAUUAAGAAAAAGCAACUUUUCUAAAUGUACAGAUAUUUUGCUAUGAAAUUGGUGCAGUUUGUAUUUUUUUCACUUCUUUUAAUCCACAUAUUAACAUAUGGUUAAUAUUGUACAUAUUGUUUUAAAAAGGUUUUCAACACCCUGUGCUAUAUAAUCUGAAUGUUAUUUUAAUUUAUAGUUUUAUUUUGUAUUUAACUACGUAAGCGCGAGACUGGAAAAUGAAUAUUCAUCUGCUUUUUAUCAUUUACACAAUUAUGUAAUUUGUGUGCUAAACAGAACAUGCCAAGAUGUCUUUCUUGCCUAACAAAUGGGCAUUAAACCACUGACAUUAAAGUAAGCUAUUUUACUUGUUAACUGACCCUAAAUUAUAGAUCUUUUCUAGCAUGUGCAUUAUGCUUUACUUAAUUAUAGUUAAAAAAAAAAGCUGCAAAAAUUUAAUUUCUUAAAUCAGAUAAUAUUGGCAUGUUCUUAUGAAAUGUAUUUUAGGUGAUACCUGCUUAUUUGCAAUAUUGAACUAGUUUUUAAUAAAGCAAGUUUCAAGUUAAAUCUUUGGUUUCUCAAUGGCUUUGAACAAAUAAACUGAACUAUUUACACAA